CAAGUCAUAACCAUAGGCAGCUACUUAAGAGCAGCUCUCUGCCACAGACCUGGCAUCAGGUACAGGACACCUCCAACUUCACUGCACAAUUUAAAGAAAAGAGCAGUCAGGAUGAAGCUGCUGUUGGUCGCCGCUGCCGUUCUGGCUGUGGCAAGCUGUGCCGCCAUCUCCCUGGAAGAUCUGGAGUUCCACGCCUGGAAGCUCAAGUUCGGACGGUCCUACGGCUCUCCAUCAGAGGAGGCUCACCGCAGGCAAACCUGGCUCAACAACCGCAGACUGGUGCUCGUGCACAACAUCCUGGCUGACCAGGGAAUCAAAUCCUACCGCCUUGGCAUGACCUUCUUCGCUGAUAUGGAAAAUGAGGAGUACAGACACCUGAUUUCCCAGGGCUGCCUGGGCACCUUCAACGCCUCUAAGCCUCGCACCGGCUCUGCCUUCCUCCGGCUGCCUGAAGGCAAUGACCUGCCAGCCGCCGUGGACUGGAGGGACAAGGGAUAUGUAACCGAUGUGAAAGAUCAGAAACAGUGCGGCUCCUGCUGGGCCUUCAGUACAACCGGCUCCCUGGAGGGUCAGACUUUUAGGAAGACUGGGAAACUGGUGUCCCUGAGCGAGCAGCAGCUGGUCGACUGCUCUGGUGACUACGGCAACAUGGGAUGCAUGGGAGGAUUAAUGGACCAGGCCUUCAGAUACAUUCAAGCAAAUGGUGGCAUUGACACCGAGGAAUCUUACCCAUAUGAGGCCGAGGACGGACAGUGCCGAUACAACCCUGCCACCGUCGGUGCAACAUGCACGGGCUACGUCGACGUGAAACAGGGCGACGAGGAAUCCCUGAAAGAGGCUGUGGCCACCAUUGGACCCGUGUCUGUGGGCAUCGAUGCUGGCCAUGCGUCCUUCCAGCUUUAUGAAUCAGGAGUGUAUUUUGAGCCUGAGUGCAGCAGCACAGAAUUGGACCACGGUGUACUGGCUGUGGGUUACGGCAGCGAAGGUGGACACGACUACUGGCUUAUCAAGAACAGCUGGGGCACAGGCUGGGGAACCAAGGGAUACAUCAUGAUGACCCGGAACAGAAACAACCAGUGUGGCAUCGCAACUGCAGCCAGCUACCCCCUGGUCUGAGAAGGUCCAGGAUUUUCCCUCGUCGAUGAGGAGGAAAGUGACACAUAAUGACGCAAAAUUGACUUUAAUUUCACAAAGGGAACGGAGUUAUGGAACAAAAUAAUGUUGUUGUUGUUGUUGUUCCUUGGACGUUGGUUGGGACUAACUAUGAGAGUAUCUGGUGCUCUUUUAUUUGAAAGCGUUUGCAUGAUGGCUGUAAAUAAACAAGAUAAGAUAAGA